AUGACGUAUCUAACAACAGAAAAUGAAGGGGUCUUGCAUAGUUUACGCCAACGAUUAAGUCGUCGUGUCCGACAGAGAUCUCAAGGUCCUCCGAACGAAAUCAGUCGUUACUCACCACAACACACUCGACCAGGUCCGAGUCUUGCAACCAACAAACCGACUCCAAUUUCUCAGAAAGCAAAACCCAUUGCUAGCCCAUUGCCUCUGGAAAAAACGAGGAAUGUUCCUGAAGCAUCGGUCACUAUCAGCGAUCAUGGCCCCCAGAGACACACCAGCCAAAGCACUCUACAUUGGGACAGUAUUGAACACAAUUUGACAAGCGAUCGGUUGACUCUGGGGGAUGGCAUUGGCAGUGGCGUGGGCUCCCCUGACCUUUGGAGUGCAGCUUAUCGCGAGGCAGUGGAAAGUUUCGGAGACAGAAUAGACAUUGCUGCUCUAGAGGGUAGGAAUGCUAGCCAGCUGUUCAGAAAAUUAGAAGGCGUUGAAAAAGAGGCAACACAAGACUCGGCCUUCUUAAAGGGUGUGAGGUGUUUGCAAUCUUUGACUGGGCCUCUUGAGAAGCUCAAGUUAGCAUUAGAUCUCACGAGCCCACUUGCAAGCAUUGAACCCACUGCAGCGACGGUUUUUGGUGUGGUCAGGAGCGUGACCGCGAUAGCUAUCAGCAUCGCAACAGCUGAUUUGGAAUUUGCGAGGCAGAUUGCCGAAAUGCUGGAGCAAAUUUCAUGGAUUGAUGGUUGUGACACGCUCGGCCAGAAAGCAAAUAGGAGAGAUAUUCACAAGGCACUUGUACCGGUGUACCAAAAGAUCCUCGAGUUCUAUACUGUCGCAUUUGAGAUACUAACCCGGAAAGGAGCAAAAUUGGUCAUGAAAAUGUUUUUGGAGAAUGACCGCCUUCCAAACAUCGUCCGAGAAUUCUUGAGAUGUUCCAAAAUGCUCCGAAUCGUUAUAGAAAAUGCAACUUUUGAAAUAGGGGAAGAUAUGAAGCGUAUGCUCUAUGAUUCUGAAAUUGAUAGAUGGCUAGGCUAUGACAAGCUGAGCCGCCAAUGUGAGUACCAUGAAGAAUGGCGGGUACUACGAGCCAAUGAGGCUUGUGAAUUCUUACUGAAGGACACCGAUUUCAUCAACUGGUACAACGCCCCUGAUUCUCAGCAGUUGGUGAUCCUCGGUGAUUUGGGCUCUGGGAAAACGAUUACUAUGUCAUUCUUAGCGGAUGUACUGAGCCGAAGAAACCAGCACCAACUACCUCAGCCCAAGCUAUGCUACUAUUAUUGCCGUGACGACGAGACAGGGAAAGCUACUGCUAUAUUCUCUGCUCUGAUAUUGGAGCUCCUUAAACAGCUUCCAGGCCUGAAGAAGCCAUUCUUUGAGUGGUACAAGGAGUCUCAGGCUUCUGGAAAUUACGACCCGACAAGAAGUCCGAGAAAGCUGGGAGAAUUCUUGCAAAACAUUCUCGAAGAAAUUGAUCGCCCAGUCUUCAUCGUGAUCGACGGCCUGGAUGAGUGCGAUACAACGUCUCGAUACAAUCUUCUCAAAUUCUUGAAAAAUUCGUCGCAAAAGAUCCCGAGGCUGAAAACUCUACUUUCUUGUCGUCCACAGGAAGAUAUUCUUAAGCAGCUACCCCAAGUCCCUACGGUUCAAUUGGGCUCUGACGUCGAGCGAGAUAGCUUUAUUGUCGACAAAACGGUUGAGAUGCAAUUAUGUUAUCUAUCGCCUGAGGUUAAGAAAAUCGUCAAAGACAGACUUUCUGCUCAAGCACAAGGAAGCGCCAUAUGGACGAAAAUGAUAGUUCAGCUUAUCCAAAAAAAGGAUACCCGGGCAAUCGGAAAUAUGCGAGUUUUCUUGGAAAACAUGCCAUUGUCGGAUAAACUCUCGGAUCUCUAUGACACUUUACUUUCUCGCUGCGCUUCAGACGAUCCUGAAAACGAGGAGCUUGGCAUUAUAGCUCUAAAGCUCCUCACUGUCGCCGACAGGCCUUUCAGUAUACUAGAGCUAGCUUGGGCUGUUGCACUAAGUAUGGCUCAGCAUGUCACUACUGUGGACGCUCUUGCUACGUUAGUAGACCAUGAAAGAGUCAUGAGCAUUAUUCAUCCGUUCGUUGCUUGUCCCGAUUUCUGUGACCUAAAGAAGUACCAAGUUCGGCUGGUACACCAGUCAGUGAAGGAAUACAUCAUUCAGAAGUGGGCUUCUAAUAAUGCUGAUCUGCAAAGAUCUGCGCCGAUUCCUGGACAAUGUUUUGAGAAACUGGAGGCAUUUAUCUUGGAUAUUUGCAUCAGGUAUCUUCUCUUAGAUGAUAUCGGCGAAAGGGAUCUUUUCUCUGAGGAGCUAGUAGCCAUUUCAGAGCUUCCUCAGGAAGUCGAUCUUUUCACUGAUAGCCAAGAAUCGGUGGAGUACAAUCCAUAUUGCACAUGGGAGGUCUGGGAAGAAGGUAUGAACCACUAUGACCCGACUGAACGUGGAAUUGGAGAAUUCUUUGUCUAUGCAUCAUGUCACUGGUUGAAGCAUUUCGGCGCCAUCAAAGUGGAACCUCUCCCAAGUCUCGCAAGCAUAGAGAACUUAUGCCAAGCGGGCUCGACCCGACUCAACAAUUGGACUCAACAAAACUGUCGCCCGGGAUGCGCUGUCAUGGCCAGAUUUGAAUUUGACAGCAGUCUGUAUGACCCUCUCAGCAUCACUUCGCUCUAUGGCUCAGUUGUCAUGCUGCGUCAUAUGCUCAAGGACUCGAACUUUGACAAUGACAAGUUUCUUCAAAAACCAGCUAUUAUGGCUGUUGAUCAGAUUCUCCAGUGGGGGGAUGUAUCAAGGCUGAGAAUGCUCUUCUUCCAUGAUCGUCUUGGAGAUCAGCUGCAGAACCUUGACUUUUUCCGACUUGUCCUCAAAAAGUGGCAUGAUCCAAAUAUUAGCCACGACAACUGGGAUCAUGUAUUUGACCUCGUCAACGGGGUAUCAGAUAGAAUGAUCCAGGAACACUGGGGAAACGAACUCUUGUGUCUGGCCGCUGGCGCAGGCUGUAUGCCCAUCAUCCAGCGGCUGGUUUCUGGGGCUCGAGGUAAAGCAGAGCUUAGGAGUGAAUUGCUGCGUGGAUUCCGUUAUGAACAAUGGUCAUCACUUGACACCCCAAUGCAUCCAUCAAUCGCAGAGGCUAUUUUGGGAGAAAUCCACAUUGAGAUGGCAGAAAACGUACUAAGGGAGAACGGAAUCAAAGCACAUUUUUGA